AUUGCGCUUAAGCCAAAUACAGUUAGCUCACAGAUUGUUAACUUGGGGGCGCUUAAUAAACGUUAGACCACUGGACCUUAAAAGCUUUCAACUUUUCCCCCAAGACCUUCAUUUUCUAUCGCGACAGCUCUGAGUGAAAUUCCAGCGACACGUGACAAGACUGCGUGACCAUCGCUGUGACGAAUCGCUCAGCGAUCGACCACACAAUCGCUCCUCGUGCCCUCGUCCUGUGGCAGCAGCCAUGGGCAGCACCUGUUAGUCCGCGCUGAACGCUCCUGACGAUGACCUGCUGCAACCCAGCCGACGGCGUCGGCUGGGAACGGCCUGCCGGCUGCUCCUCUGCUCCUCCCCCGCCGUGUCCCGGGGCUGACCCGUGUGACCCCGUCGGCACCGAGGGGCCGCCCUUCGACGCCACCCACCCUGCGGCACUGUGUCCGGGGCCGCCGGGCGUGCCGUGUCCGCAUGUGCCGGACACGGGCCCGGGCCCGGGUGUCGACCUGCCGCCGUGUCCGGCCCGCCCGGGCCUGCUCACAGCUCAGCAGAUCGGACACCAGCGGAGGGGCGCGCGGGACAUGGCCACCGACGCCGUCCGCGCCCGGCUCAAGUACGAAACGCUACCUGAUCACCUGGAGGACCUGGCCUUCUCCGAGAUCUUACAGAGCGACCGCUUCAAGUCGACCGCAACCGUCUCCUACACGAGCAAGUCACGUGACCGCUGCCUGAACCCGGAGCCGAUCUUCAGCCUGGCCCCGCCCAGCGGUGACGUCACUUACCUGAAGGAGACGGAGGAGCGGGUGCGCCAGUCCACGCUGCCCGCCUCCCGGCCUCGCUUCUCCGAGUACGGCGAGGCCUACCACCCGCGGCGGCUCUCCUGCGCCGACAUGGUCGGCCAGGUGAAGCUCAAGAAGCCCAUCCGCUACAUGCCGUCGACGGACGUGCUGCCGAAGCACUUCUACACGGCCGAGGACGGCGUUGCCGGUGAGGUGAACCCCUACCUCUCCACCACGCGCAAGGACUUCAAGCCCGUGAGCGCGGCGGCGGCCAAGUACCGCGACCCGCCGUCCACGGACACCUUCACGGGCGACCUGAUCUUGCCGGCCGAGGCGCAGCUACAGCCGCGCUGGCACGGCUUCACGCCGGUGGUGCCGCACACGGGCCUCCAGAGCGAGGCGCAGGCGCGCUUCUGCCGGCCGCGGCUCGACGACAACAGCCGCCACAACUGGACGCUGCCGGUCGAGGCGCCGCUCGUCAUCCCGCCCACGACGCGCCAGCUGUUCGGCGAGGCGCUCUUCGACCAGGAGUCGAUCAACUACGGCACGGGCCGCCACAACCCGGUGGCGCUCAGCUGCCGGGGGCUGGUGACGCAGCAGCGACACCGGCGCGAGCUGUGCAACCUCCAGUACGAGGAGCCGCAGCCGAGCCGCCCGCCGUGCUGCCGCACCGGCCCGCUCGCCACCCGCGGCCCGGUGGACGACGCCGAGCUGCGCGCUGCGCCCAUCUCGCUGCACGAGACCAUCGGCGACAACCACUUCGGCCUGACGCCGCACCCGCCCCAGAAGGUCGUGCCCGAUGUCAACUGAGCGCCGCCCACACACGGCAGUGGGUAGUGUCUGGAGGGAACGAGGCCCUCGGCUCACGCUGGCGAUAAAUACACGGGGCUUAAUCGGGGCAUGUUUUAUGGCACCCAGCUUAAACCUGCCAAAAAUAAACGUGGUAUUCAUAUGCUCCAGCAAAACGGCCCCCGGUUCUGGUAAAUGGGAUAAAGCUGACAGAUGACGUGCCUCGAGCUUGAUGGCAGACUGGCUCGCUGACGUUAUAUUUAGAUUCUUACGCCCGUGCAUCACAUCACCCAUGUUAAAGCGCUCAUGCAGCUGUUGGAAUAACGGCCUGGCCCGGCCCUGAAAAUGGCCCCCGGCGUGAAUGAUGAGCUAGUUUCCUGAGCUGGAACGAACCUAAAUUCGUUGCACGUAUCGCAGCACUGCCCGAAAACCUGAAGCAUGCUCAACCCCCCUGCUGCCUAGCCCUUUCAGGUCAAUCUACCCCAAAGGAUGGAUCGGUUAUGAUUUCUCGAGCUCAAUAACACAACU